UGUAGAGGAGGUGAAGACGCUGUUUAGGAUGGAUGCUCACGUGGUGUGGCUUCCAAACAGUGUAUGGGUAAACGUGAAAAAAAAGGGGUUGGAAGUAAAUUGAAAAACUAGCUAGUGUCGGAGUUUUGGUCAAACAUAUAAGUAUUGUCAACAGCUGAGCACAGGAGCACUAAUCACCUGUUAGACGAAGAUCAGGUCUCUUGUGUUGGUGGCAACAUGAGUUGGAGCUUCUUGACACGCUUGCUUGAUGAGAUCUCCAACCAUUCCACGUUUGUGGGAAAGAUCUGGCUCACACUCCUCAUUAUCUUCCGAAUUGUUCUGACAGUGGUAGGCGGUGAGACAAUCUAUCAAGAUGAACAGAGCAAGUUUGUAUGCAAUACUGCACAACCCGGUUGUGAAAAUGUGUGCUAUGAUGCUUUUGCACCUCUAUCACAUGUCCGAUUCUGGGUUUUUCAAAUCAUUAUGAUCACCACGCCGUCUAUUAUGUACCUGGGCUUUGCCAUGCACAAAAUCGCUCGAAUGGCUGAUGACGAAUACCGACCACGCAAGCGCAAACUGCUGUCUAUGGUUCAUCGAGGUGUGAGCCGUGACUAUGACGAGGCUUACGAAAUGGAUGAUGAAGUUCCCAUGAUCUUGGAGGAGAUUAAGCCCUCUGAAAAGGAUAGUAAAGCGGUAGCUGCAGCCAAGUCUGCCCCUGCAUCCGAUGCUAAGUCUGCGAAGCAUGAUGGUCGUCGUCGCAUCAAGAGAGAUGGUCUCAUGAAGGUAUAUGUGCUACAGUUGAUCUCUCGCGUUGCCUUUGAGAUAGCCUUCCUUUUUGGCCAGUAUGUUUUGUAUGGUUUUGAAGUUGUGCCAUCCUACAUUUGCACCCGAAGCCCAUGCCCACACACUGUGGACUGCUUUGUCUCGCGUCCCACUGAAAAGACCAUCUUCCUGGUCAUCAUGUAUGUUGUCAGUAUACUCUGCCUGGCGCUGACUGUGCUGGAAAUCCUUCAUCUGGGAAUCGGUGGUGUGAGGGACACUCUUCGUAGUCGAUCAGCUCGGAAGCUCCCCAUACACAGGUCAUCCACAUCCACUAUCUGUCACCGCCUUGCCAGUGCACCCCCGGGAUAUCAGGCUGUCCUGAAAAAGGACUCCACUGGCAAGCUUAAGGCUGAGUUCUUGGGAGACUCAGGACGGGAGUCAUUGGGUGAUGCCAACACCGGUCUACAGAGACCCCUGAAAAUGCGACAUCUGGACCAGGCCUACCACCAUGAGGAUGUUGGGGCUUCACGCAGCAGUGGUCCAGACUCUAACAGCAUUGCUGUUGAGCAAAACCGACUCAACCUAGCUCAGGAGGGCUAUGUCAGCUCCAAGGAAAAAGAGGGUCAUGCUUGAAGAGACUAACAGCUUUCCAACUCCAGGCUGAGAUGUACAUUUUGGUGGGCAGUUUUUGACAAGAUUUCCUGUUCAUCUUGCAUUGAAUACACCAACUCAAGGCUGAGAUACAAAUAAUGGAGAGCAGUUAUUGACAUUAUUUUGUGUGCUCCUCUAAAUGCAUAUCAGAAGAAGUAUUACUUACAGUAUUAAAACCAUAGCUGCCAAAUGUAAAGACUAGAGAAACACCAGCUCUUAUAAUCCACAUUACUGUUCCUUUCUUUACCAAGCAAUUAUAUUUGUUGAUAGUGUAUUGUAACAACAGCAUGAGAACAAAGACACAUUCCCUGUGUUGGUGAAGAUAUUUAUAAAUACUGUUCAUUAUUAUCAGUUUUAGCAAAUCAGUAUUAAUUGAAGCCUUUAGCCAAAAUUCACAGAUCAUCCUGUUCAGAUUAUUACAAUGAAAUGAAAGAUGUAUGUGUCUUUGUCUGAAAAACAGAAGUGUUUGUGUUUUAUGUUAUGUUGCUUUUUGAUUGGAGUACAGUCCUGUGUGGUCUAAUAUUUUUGGAACAUUGUCUUGUAUGAAAAUAUCGUAGGUUGAGGGAAGACAUUUUUCGAACAGUAGCAAGGGCACAAUAAAUGUUGUCUGUUUGUCUUGUUGAUAUGCAUUUAGAGGAUUUUGUAUUUAGAAAUUUUGAAUAAAACUAUUGCAAUACACGUGCAUCUGACCAGAUUUAAAAAUAUAUAUAUAUAUAAAAACCUGGAAAAUUCUUGAAUUGUUUAUUAAAAGGUGUCAUGCUUUGUAUUACUGUUAAAAAAUAAUCUAUGCAACAUGCUAUUGCAUUACUUCGUAUGUAACAUAUCUGUGGUUUACAUGGGAUUUAUGGGAAACUGGAAUUCAGAUUUGGCAAUGACGUUAUAUAGAUGCACAUUAUUUGUGUCUUUGGUCAUGUGUAUGUUAUUGGUGACCCGAGUAAUAUUUAACAAAGUUUUACAUCUUAGCAAAGGAAUAGUACUUUGACAGAUAUGUUUGAAAUGUAGACUCAUAUGAGAUGAAGACCGUUAUUGUUUGACAAAUGAUUUUUUAUAACCUCAUUUGCUAAAUGAAUAAAUGUAUUUAAAUGACUCCAGUUGUGCCAGUGGCCUAGAAAUACCUGUUAAUACCUGCAUUUAAUGGAUCCCGUCUUACAGUUGCUGCCAUGUUGAUAUUAGACGUAAAAAUCCAUGGUUGUAUCAGUGGUCUACAACAUUGUUUGGUGCCUCUUUAAAAAAUAAAUGUGUCCUUUGUUUCU